GGUCAUUGCACCAUCGUGUUCAAUUCGUUCCAAAGUAGACUUCGGAGAUAGGUAUUUUUAUUUAUUCUUGUAAACAAGUUCGCGUUAUCUAUCAACCUAUCUGAAACAGUUUGCGGUGCAAGAUAACCGCGUUGCUCGAGACGCAUAUCGAUUCAACAAACCAAGGAAACCAGGAUGGACUCGGCGACAGUGUCGCCCAGUAAGCAAAGUCGCUGUUCGCAUGGUCCAGUUCGGAACAAGUCCCGUCGUGUCUCGCCGUCAUGUCCGAGGAUACCGAGAGUGAAGAUAGUGAUGCCGAGGGUGGUCUGGGCAACGUAAACAAAUUGGUGAUGCGACCACCUGGCCACAGCGGUAAAGCUAAGAAGGGCCACAUUUGCUUUGAUGCAACCUUUGAAACCGGCAAUCUCGGCAGAGUGGACUUGAUUUCUGAAUUCGAAUACGAUCUCUUUAUUAGACCUGACACUUGUGGUCCCAGAUUACGUCUGUGGUUUAACUUCACCGUAGACAACGUGAAGGCAGAUCAACGAGUGAUUUUCAACAUCGUAAACAUUUCCAAGAGCGCUAAUCUCUUUCGACAGGGGAUGACGCCGUUAGUGAAGAGCAGUACUAGACCGAAAUGGCAGAGGAUACCACGAGAACAGGUAUUCUAUUACAGAUCUGCGCAGCAUCAAAAUCACUAUGUACUGAGCUUCGCUUUUGCGUUCGACCGUGAAGAUGAUGUUUACCAAUUCGCUCUAACGUAUCCAUACUCGUACACGCGUUACAUGGUGCAUCUCGACAACUUGUGCAGCAGAUUAUUGUACACAAAGCGAGAGACGUUGGCUGAGUCGAUCCAAAAGAAGAAUGUAGAGCUGGUGACUAUAACUUCCGACCUCGAAGACGUGGAACGACCUAGAAAAGUGGUCGUCGUCCUCGCUAGAGUUCACCCCGGUGAGUCACCGUCCUCCUUCGUGUGUCAGGGUUUGAUGGAUUUCUUAGUCAGUGCGCAUCCUAUCGCUCAAGUUCUAAGGGAAUACGUGAUCUUCAAGAUAGUGCCGAUGCUGAACCCCGACGGUGCCUUUCUCGGAAAUUACAGAUCUACCGUGAUGGGAUUAGAUCUGAAUCGAUCUUGGAAUUGCAUCUCCGAAUGGAUUCACCCUACCUUGUUCGCGACUAGAGCGAUGCUAAAGUCGCUCGAUAAGAACGCACAGACACCAUUGGAUUGCGUGCUGGAUUUACACGCUCAUACCAAUGCCACGGGCGUCUUCGUCUAUGGAAAUACAUACGAAGAUGUCUACAGGUACGAGAGGCACAUUGUCCUGCCGAAAUUGCUAGCUCAGCACGCGGAGGACUAUGAACUGGGCAACACUAUGUAUAAUCAAGAUCAUAACAAAGCCGGAACUGCCCGCCGUUAUCUAUGUUCUAUCCUAAAGGAACAUGUCAAUUGCUACAGUAUCGAGGUUUCCAUGUACGGUUACAACAAAAAGGGAAUACCGGGUAUAAUGCCGUAUACGGAAGAAGGAUAUUACAGACUGGGUCGCAAUCUGGCACGCGUUUUUCUAGAAUAUUACAAGCUCACUGGGCUUAUCCCGUCGGGGCUUCCCGAUCAGCCAUCAAGCAGACGAGCGCGUCAAUCUCGGCAGAGACAUCGUCUUCCAAGGGAACCCAGACCAAGAACAGUUCGAAUUCCGGCAACCUUGCAUCUUGCCAGCAUUUACGAGUACUUCCGGGAGAAACCUGAGCAGCUCCCGAGCGCUCGUUACCGAUCGAUGAGUAGUACGCGGAUGGGACAACAGCCCGGAACCGGAAUCGCGAGUGAAACUGGAACGGGCGUCGGCGGCGGGUGCAAAAGCCCGAGCCACAGGUUCCGGAGCCCCGGGGCACCGCUCGACAGAGUGCAGACCCUGACGGGGCGACCCGCCGAGCCGCGGCUCACCAUUAUCGAUUUCAAUCAGCUGACGCGGGGUGGUUUGGAGCUCGCAGCCAACAAGAACAGACCGACGGUCCCAUACAAGAAGGUCGUCAAGUCACGCAGAUAGCGAUCGUCUCGUCUCGGUUAAGGAGAGAUCCUUCGCGAUCCUCCAACGUCUCCAAGGACACGAAAAUCAAAUGUCACGGUGGUCGAAUAGAUGAACCAUCGCAUCGAUUCGCACUACUUCUGGCGACGGAAAUAGAAGACUUGUCGACGAGAAAAGAAAUGCGGAGAAUGCAUUUCGGAUGCUGCCUUUUAGCCAAUUGUUAAUGCUAGUGUUUGUUAUUAAGAAACUUCCGCUUCUUUUACAUCGAAUAAUUCAAUAAUAUCAAUGUGCACAAUAUUAUUCCUCAUAUUAUGCAAUAGUCAUUCUUUCAAAUAUCAAUAUUUUACAUUCUCUUACAUCAUUCUCGCUUCUUUUCUCGAAAAGAAA